UAUCCAGUCCACACUCGACCUAAUCAGUAGCAGACUGGAGCUGCUCGUUGUCGCAAAUCCAAUGGUGUACUUACGCCAAUGUGGCUCGCCGGAGCAAUAAGAUUGUUAGACGCGCUUGUCAGCGCGUGAAUUGCAGACAUGCCGUCGUGAAGCAAGGCCGAUGCACUUUGCACAGAGCGCGAUAAUGGUUUUGGAGGAGAUUGUGAGUUUCAGAGAAUUGUGAAUCUGAGAAUCAGGAGGAAGUGUUGCAGGCAGCUGGAGGACCAAUGCUGUGCUUCAUUUUGGAAUUAUAGGGCAUGGAAUCUGCGAGUCCACGAGUUUUCAAGUAGCGUUUUGAGAUGGCGUUUAUAGGCAUCAAUGCGUCUUUUCAAGCACUCAAUUUUGAUGAGGCUUUGCGAGUCGCUCACAACAAUGCAUUCUCAGCAGGUAUGGCUCUUCGGAGUGGAGCAACAGCGGGGUCGGGGUCGGGGUCGGGGUCAAACUUUAAGGUCUCCGGAUUUUCGCUUGGUAGACAUGCGAUGUCGAGCUCUUCUGGAGACUUCCAACUUUCAGAUGUUGAACCCUCUGUAAUCGCUAAUGGACAGAAAAGCUGGGAGCUUGUGGACCUUAAACAAAUGGUUGGUGAGCGAGAAGAGAUAAAAGCCAUGCUUGUUGACUUCCUGCGAUCUCGGAGUGUAAGCCGUCCUCUCGCUGCUCGUGUAGUGAACAAAUCCACCCGGCUCAUUACCCACCUUCUAUCCCUCUUGCGCACGGUUCACCGCGCACGUUAUCUUAAAGGGAGAGAGCCAACGACAUCAGAAGUGAGGAACACGUUACGAUCUUUCUUGGAAAACCUAGGAGCUCAACACAAGGAUGGACUUGUAGAUGUACUGUUAAGCUUCCCCGAUCCUCCACCAGCGAAGUCGAAACUUUUGGAUUUGCAACGUUUACAGAGCACGUUUACUUCAUCAGCCCUGUGGGAGUUAAACCUUGGUGAUUAUCCCAAGCUUGAAGCAUUUGUUGUAGAUGGACAGCUUCGACCCGCUUUGGAAUAUUUUCUAAUUUUGGGAAUUUCUCCCAAAGAGCUUGAAAAUCUUGUGUCACGAUAUCCAAUGAUUUCAAGCUACAGCGUGGAGGGUAAAAUUAAGCCUGUUGUAGAUUUCUUGCUUAUCAUGGGCGUGCCCAAAAGUGACGUCCCGAAGAUUGCCGUGAAGAGGCCGCAACUCUUUGGGUGCAGUUUAGAUAACAUAAAGCCGACGGUGGCACUCCUUGAAGGUCUUGGCGUGGAACCAGACAGAUGGCCGAAGAUACUGGCUUCAUUUCCACAUAUCUUGACUUACAGCGCUGCCAAGGUUGAUCAGGUGGUGAAGUUUUUAGCUGACAUAGGGAUGUCUCCCGAGGAAUCAGGUAGGAUACUUACCAGGUUUCCACACAUCGUUGGGUAUAGCACUCAGGAGAAGCUGAGACCCAUUCUAAAUCAUUUCUACAGCAUUGGGAUAACGGACGUGAAAACGCUAGUCUUACGCUCCCCUCAGAUUCUUGGGUUAAGCCUAGAGGAAAACAUCAAGCCGACACUUCAAUUCUUCACAGACGUCGGUUACAGUAAGGAAGAGAUCAAUACUAUCAUACUUCGAUUUCCACAGAUUUUAGGGUUGAAUAUAGAGGGCAAUUUACGGAGCAAGUGGAUGUACUUUCUGCAAAUGGGCCGCGAGUCGAACGCAGAUAUAGUUGUGUUUCCCCAGUAUUUUGGAUAUAGUUUGGAGAAGCGUAUAAAACCCAGAUAUGAAGCACUUAAAUCUAGUGGUGUUGAUUGGUCGUUAAAUCGUAUGCUUAGCACUACAGAGCUCCUGUUUCAGAAGUAUUUAGAAAGGGAUAAAGAGCUAGUUGCUGUUGUACGUGAUCUAAAUGUUAAUGAAUCUGUUGGGGACUAGUUGUGUAUUGCUUUCGUGUUUAUCUUUAAGCUCCAUAGCCUUCUGGUGAAUCGACGACUUCCAUCCA